AUGAUCGACACCGUCUACUACGAGCUGAGCUGGUCGAUUCUCAGCACCAUCGGAAUCGCAAAUGUUUUAUUCGGUCUCAUGGUCGCUGGUAUCACCAGCUUUGGCCCAGUCUCCAUUGUUCCCAUCGUCACCAGUGCAGCCGGAGCGAUAGCAAACGGCCUUUGCUAUUAUGCCUUCUACGAUAAGAGUAAUAGUGUCACCUCUCAGGCUGUAGCCUCUAUAUUUGCCGACAUACUCUGGCUAAUACAAGAAGCUGGUUUGUCAUUUUACAGCUACAUCAUUCUAAGUCGAGUUCUACGCGGUCGACCCUGGAUAAUCUUCGCGACUCUAUACUGGUGCAUGAUAAUCUCAGUGACAGCUAUCCGUGUUGUCAUUGCAGCCGUCCGAGCUCGCCGUAUUCUUCAAGGGCUCGACGAAGAUCAGUCCUUGAUCAAUCACCUACACAUGGGCUACUUCAUCCUCAUCGCCUUGUUAGAAUGUGUUAGCUCUUUCUUCCUCCUUCGAGUCUUUGGGUCGGCAAAGUCAACAUCACUCAGCGCCGCCAUUAAGGCUGGUUUGUUCCGAUAUCUUAUGCGAAGCACCGAAGUCCGACUUGCACUCCUUGCAGUGCUUGGUGUGAUGCGAGCAAUCACAUACUCUUUCCAAAAUGAUCAACAGAUGGCCACGAAUCUGGCUUCGCAGAUUGAUCGGUUUGCAUAUUCGAUGGAGUGCAUGUUUCCGGUAAUGAUGAUUAUUGACAUUCUUGCUUCCAAGGUCGUCUUCCACAACCAAGUAUACGGAUCUUCUGGACACAGCCGAAACCAGCCCGGUGCUUAUCCGCGCCAACGCUUCGGCGGAAACGGCCUCGACAUCGUUCUCACGACACAGCAAGGCGAGAACAUUGUGGAAGUGCGAGGAGGAGAGUCAAGUGGCGAUAGAACAAGUUCACAAGAGCGCAUCAUCAAUCGCAGGGACCACAGGAGUCCGUCAUCGGAUAUCGAUAUGGAUGAGAUGGAUUCAAAACAAAUAGGGAUUAGUAAAACAGUCGAGUUUGAGGUGCGCACUAGCAGUGAUCCAGCGCGAUGA